ACAAAAAAAGUCUUAGUGCCUUCAAAAGAAAAGAAGAAAGUGUAAUUAUAACCUCUAAUUUUCUGUGUUUUCUCUUACAAUUUUAAAUAAAAUAAACAUUUGAUUUAAAAUGAAUUGGACGGCUAUUAUAUGUAUUUUAAUUUCUUAUUUACCCUGUCAUACGUUUUCAUUAGAACACGACGGAUCAGCGAUAAUUCAUCUACAACAUGCCUUAACCGGUGGUCCUGAUCCCCAAUUUAAGGACAGGGGAAAAAUUACAGUUAAUAGUUUACGUAUUGGUCAGGCUAUAGUGGACCAAAAGCCUUUAGCUGAAGCAGAUCGUAAACUUAUCCAGAAAUUAGCAAGAGAGAAUGAUUUGUAUAGAAUCCAAGCUACUGUAAUAGCUAAUGAUGGGUCUAAAAAGACAUUCCUUUCUUCAGUAAAAGCAUGUAUGCUAGCUGAAGCAGAAUUGGACGAUAGAUUGUCGUUAUCUUUUGAUUACUUGGGUCAUAUUAUUGGAGUUUCUCUUGUCAUUGCUUCUAAAUCAUCAUGUGAAGGUUCCGAUGUACCUCUAGAGAAAUUGAAAGAAUUCACCACGAAUGUUUAUGUACGGCAUACAGAUACAGCUACAAUUCCAGAUACUGCAUCGUAUAUUGAGAAAAUAGAGCGGGAGAGGGACGCCAAAGAAAAGGGUGAUGUGAAAGAUAACAAAUCUUUUCUUGCUAAAUAUUGGAUGUAUAUCUUGCCGGUUGUAAUUUUAAUGGUUAUAUCGUCAGCCACCAAUCCAGAAGCUCAAGGAGGUGGACAAUGAAGGAGAUGAAUAGAAAAAUAAGAUAAUUUAAAAACUGUAUUUAUACCAUUUAUUUCCUAGUCAUUUAAUAAAAAGUUAGGUGUAUAAAA